AUGGCUGCGGCCAGCUCGUCGCAAGAAAAUGGAGGAGGCCAAAAUAUGGAAGAAAGAAAUCAGACAUGGGUAGACUUUUUUGUCUUGAAAGGUAUUAGUGACUUACCUCAGAUGCAGACUUCCAUCUUCUUCUUGGUUUUGAUUACUUAUCUAACAAUUCUUAGUGGAAAUGUAGCUAUUUUAUUGUUAAUCUGCCAUGACCGCCAGUUGCACACUCCAAUGUAUUAUUUCUUGUCUCACCUUUCUAUCCUAGACAUCUGUUACAGCACAGUCACCAUGCAUAAGACAUUGGCUAUAUAUGUAUUUGGGGAUAAAAGUGUUUCGUUCCACUCCUGUAUUGCACAGAUGUAUUUUUAUGUAGCUCUUCUCUGCUGUGAGUUUUUUAUGUUGACCGCUAUGAGUUAUGAUCGAUAUGUGGCAGUUUGUAACCCUCUACAUUAUGUCAUGAUCAUGAACAGCAAAGUCUGCUCUGUGUUGUCCACAGUUUCAUUGGUCCUUGGUUUUUGUGGGGGUGUUCCAGUGACAUUAGUUACCUAUGACAUCCGCUGCUUUAUAUCUAAUGAAAUCAAUCACUUCUUCUGUGAUCUUUUGGUCAUCAUGAAGCUGCUUUGCUACAAGGCCUUCAACAUGGAACACGUAAUUUACAUAGAGUCGAUUUUCGUUGGUGUCUUGCCCUUCUCACUCACCCUUACUUCUUACGUCUUCAUCAUCAGGACCAUUCUCCAAAUCCACUCCAGCUCCGGCAGAUAUAAAACCUUCUAUACAUGUUCUUCUCAUAUAACUGUGGUUUCCCUCCUUUAUGUAACAUUAUUCUGUCUUUACCUGAAACCUACCUCAUCGGUCACUUUAGAGUCUGAAAAGGUGCUUAUGUUGUUUUAUACCGCAUUAACACCCAUGUUAAAUCCUGUAAUCUACAGCCUGAAAAACAAAGAUAUAAAAAUGGCCUUCAGACGUGUGAUGAUGAUGAACAAUAAGAUAUUACUUUGA